GAAAAAAGAAAAGCUUUGGGGCCCUCAGUCAGAGCAAAACUGAAGGCAGUCUGGUGUCUACUGCAAACCCUGCUCUGCAAAGACAUCUACUACCAAGCCUUAGAGGAUGGAGCAGGAGUGGGUGAAUGAAGAGAGGGGGGAUGAAGGCCUCAUUGAGUUCUACAGCAGCUUCAGGGACAUGUUUGAGUUCUUCUGCAAGAACACCACCAUCCAUGGCACUGUCCGCCUCGUGUGCUCGAGCAGCAACAAGAUGAAGACGGCUUUCUGGACCCUGCUCCUCCUUGCCAGCUUUGGGAUGCUGUAUUGGCAGUUCGCUCUUCUGUUCAGCCAAUAUUGGACCUACCCUGUCAUCAUGACCAUGUCAGUUCACUCGGAGCCCAAGAUGUUUCCAGCCAUUACUCUCUGCAAUCUGGACCCGUACAGGUUUGACCUAGUCAGUGAGAAACUGGCUGAGCUGGACCAAAUGGCAGAGGAAGCAAUAGCUGGUUUGUAUGGCUACCACACAUCAAUCUUUCCCUCCCGUCAUAAAAAGGAUAUCCGCGUGAAGAACUUGUCAAAGAGAGGACCUGCCAAUCAGAACAGCUCCAGUUUCCAACUGAACCACCACAUUUCACUGGUGAUGCUGAAGGAACCUGAUACGGGGUUCAAGAGAAAAGAUUCAAAAGUGGGCUUUAAAUUGUGCAAUGCAACGGGCGGGAAUUGUUUCUACAAGGCCUACUCAUCUGGGGUAGACACCGUGAAAGAGUGGUACAGGUUUCACUAUAUGAAUAUCAUGUCCCAGCUACCCGUUAUAAUCAACGUUUCUGCUCAAGGAGAGGAGAUAGAAAACUUGGUCUACUCUUGCCGGUAUGAUGGGGAGCCCUGCAGAGACAGUGACUACAUUCAUUUCCACCACCCCGUUUAUGGAAGCUGCUACACUUUCAACAAGGAUGGGACAGACCUUUUCUGGAAAGCAACAAAACCCGGACUUUCCUAUGGACUCUCCCUUAUCCUGAAAGCAGAGCAUAACGAUCGCCUCCCCCUGCUGUCUACAGUGGCAGGCGUGCAAGUGAUGAUCCACAACCACAAUCAGACACCGUUCCUCGAGCAUGAGGGGUUUGACAUCAGACCCGGGAUUGUGACUAACAUCGGAAUCCGACAGGAUGAGGUGCAUCGCUUGGGUGGGAAUUAUGGAAAAUGCACAACGGAUGGAGAAGACGUGGAUGUUAAACUCCUGUACAACAGUUCCUACACGCUGCAGGCUUGUUUGCCUUUCUCCGGCUGCGGAUACUAUUACUACCCACUGCCUCCCGGCGCCGAAUACUGUAACUACAACAAGCAUCCUGCCUGGGGUCACUGCUUCUACCAACUGUACAACAGGCUGGCGAAUCACCACCUCAGCUGUUUCAGCAAUUGUCCCAAGCCCUGCUGGGAGUCAUGGUACAAGUUGUCUGCCGGGACCGCCAAAUGGCCAUCAACAAAGUCUCAGGACUGGAUCCUUCCGAUUCUGAGUCGUCAGAAGGGUUAUAAUUCUACUUUCAACAGGAGAGACUUGGCGAAGGUGAAUAUCUUCUACCAGCAAUUGAGCUACAAGUCUGUGGAUGAAUCUCCUGUGUACACAGUGAAUCUGCUCUUGUCCAAUAUGGGAAGUCAGUGGAGUCUGUGGUUUGGGUCCUCCGUGUUGUCUGUGGUCGAAAUGUUUGAGUUGCUCUUGGAUAUAAUGGUCUUGUCGCUCAUACUCUGCUAUCGACGGUUGAAGGCAAAGAAGACGCUGACAAUGAGUCUGCCCCCAACCAUCUCCAGUGUAAAUUUGACUCUAGAGAAUUAUCGAUCCACACAGGAGGACCUUGCUGACGAUCCAAAUUGUGCCCAGGCUAACCAGAAUGGGGGGGCCAUCGCCAAACACAAAAAUGGCGACCUGCCUUACCACUCAAUUUGUAACAAAAUGCAGACACCAGAACUGACGCCACCUGUUGUGCUUAAUAGGGUCAGGCAUAUCAGGGAUCACUGUGUGACAAUAGACCCAAGCAGCUAAUGCCACGGGUGUGGAACCGAAAGGCAUAGGUAAAGAUUAUGGGAUGUAUUCCGUAGACAUGGCUGUAGAAGCCCACAGACACGCAGGAUACAUUUCUGCCUGCCACAUCUCUGGAUGCAGCUAAGUAAUCUGACCAGUGUGCUGGUCUCAGGAAUCGUACAAUGCCUGACACAAAUCAGAAGUGUUUUUCUUUGGAUUAGACUCUGAGUGUCUCUGGCCAUUGCCCAGUCCUCGUAAAAGUCUCGAGUAAGCUCUCCUGAACAAACCAGAUCUGACUGUACCUCUCCUGGCUUCAGACAGGCCUGUCAGCAUUUCGUAACUGGACUUGAGUUAAAAGUUAACCUAUCCAUAAAUACAGUGUUUCCAGUCAACAUUUUUCAAGCAUACAUUCUAACGGUUAACACCACUUUGAGACAGGAAAGGAUGUGAUAACACCAGGCUGCUGUAAUCCUAACCUCACUUCCCACCCUUUUCUCCUUUCGCAUCCUGCCAGGGGAGCCAACAGCCUCUGCAGGUCCCUGAGCAAGGGUGGGGGCAGCUCUGUGCUCCUCGAAGGGUCAGAGACUCAGGCAGAAGGGAUGGGGCUAGGGAAGCCAGCCCUAUGCAUUUGCCCAAGUGCAGCACAACCCCCAGGCCUCAGAGCCCCCCAGAGUCCCCUUUGCCCCUCUUCCCCCAUCAUUGGGCCUGCAUGCUGCUGUUAAAUUGUGAGCAUGGCACAUGGAAAUCCAGGACAGGGCCACGAUUCAGCUGAACCAAGAUUCUUUCAAGUGGGGUUCAGUUUUAUUGGGAGGGUUUGGAACACAGGAGGGCAUAACAUUUUUUCUUGUAACAUUUUUUGCUGCAGUAUGUCUCUAUUAUAAAGAGAUACUAGAAGAUUUACCCGGCCUUGCUCGGUUCCUUCAGGGUAGCGGACUGAGGAUGAGGGGGGUGCAGGAGUCAGGAUUGGGGGGAGAGGAGAGGCUCAGGGCAGAAAGUGCAGAAGUG